UACCUACAAUUGGUUUCUACGGAAGGAAUGGCAGAAAAAGUGAACAACUUCCCCCCGCUCCCCAAAUUCAUCCCCUUGAAGCCGUGCUUCUACCAGAACUUUGCCGAUGAGAUUCCAAUCGAUCACCAGACACUGGUGAGGAGGAUCUAUCAUUUGUGGAUCUUCUACUCCGUUACGUUGGGUGUCAAUCUCAUCGCUUGCCUGGCCUGGUGGAUCGGUGGCGCGUCCGGUGUGAAUUUUGGCUUAGCCAUCCUCUGGCUGGUCCUUUUCAGCCCCUGUAGUUAUGUCUGCUGGUUCCGGCCCAUCUACAAAGCUUUUCGGUCGGACAGUUCUUUCAACUUCAUGCUCUUCUUCUUCGUCUUUGGAGCACAGUUCCUGCUGGCGGUCAUCCAAGCGAUCGGGAUCAGCGGGUGGGGCGCAUGUGGGUGGCUGGCAGCUGUGACUUUUUUCGGAACCAGUGUUGGGGCCGGCGUGAUCAUGCUUUUUCCUGCAGUAAUGUUCACGCUGUCAGCCCUUGUGAUGUUCGUCUGUCUCCUUCGGGUCCACCGACUCUACCGUGGGGGAGGCGGCAGCUUCCAGAAAGCCCAGGAAGAGUGGCACAGUGGCCUGUGGAGGGACCCCCCGACUCGGGAAGCUCAGUACAACAACUUUUCGGGGAACAGUCUCCCGGAGUACCCGACCGUCCCCAGCUACCCUGCCCGAAGCCGUUAGCGCUGAACCGACCGCUAGAUGCUUUAU